GGUUAUGAACGAUUAGGAAUGUGGACGAGCUCUUGGGGGUGGCGGAGGGGUCGGAGACUCCGAGGAGCGGGUGGUUAGGCCUUUGUGGGGGGAGCGAUGUGGUGAGUCACAGAAAGGGCGGGGACUAUGGAUUUUAUUGAUUGGGACUUGACAGCUUGGUUGGGGUCCUGUAGGGGUCAGUGACUGGGGGCAUGCGGACCAGUGAUUGGGGUUGCCAGUUGAGGUGAGUAAUUGGGAGCCUGUACGGUGAAUGAUGGGGGUGGGGGGAAUAGGCGUGCCGAGAGGAGGUAUGGAAUAGGUUUUGUUUUAAAUGGUUGGAGUUACUGAGGAAUGAGUGAUUGGGGUCCUGUUAGGGCCAGUGUUUGGGGUCUGUGGAUCUGUAAUCAUGGUGUCCGUGGGCGAUGAUUAGGCAGCUUUAGGGGUAAGGGAUGGAGGUAUGCUCGUUGUUGGUGCUUUCAGGGUACCUGAGGGGGGGUGAAUGAUUGGGGACCUGUGGGCCUGAGUUGGUCUACAGGUGUCAGUGAUUUCAAGGUGUGAAGAUUUGGACUUGGGGUGCAUCGUGAUUGAAGUAUACUUGGAGAGCAGAAAUUGGGUGUCUGAUAGGAUCAGUGAAGGGCAACUGGAAUUUGCUCUUUGGAGGGGCCAUGAGAUUUAAUGUUUGUGAGGUGAAUAAUUGUGGUUUUGUGCGGUUUUGGGAUUGGUGGGGUCUGUGAAGUUUCAGUGAACAGGAAGAUUUCAUUACUGGAGGGAAGAUUUUUUUUUCUCACUGAAUUAUUUCUGUGCCUCAGGAAUGACUGAUUUGGGAGACCUAUGGGGGUUAGUUGGAAACCCUGGUGGCAUGGUGGUUAAGUGCUAUGGCUGCUAACAAAGAAGUCGGUAGUUCAAAUCCGCCAGGCGCUCCUUGGAAACUCUAUCGGGCAGUCGUACUCUGUCAUAUAGGGUUGCUAUGAGUGGGAAUCGACUCGACGGCAGUGGGUUUGGUUUUUGUUUUUAUGGGGGUUGGUGAGUCCUGGGGCGUAGUGGUUAAGAGCUUAGCUGCUAAUCAAAAGGUCAGCAGUUCGAAUCCACCAGCCACUCCUUGGAAACCCUAGGGGGCAGUUCUACUCUGUCCUAUAGGGUCGCUAUGAGUUGGCAUCGACUCCAAGGCAACGAGUUUGGUUGAUUUUAUGGGGGGUAAAUAUUAUUAUUUUUUUUAGGUAAUGGGGGCAGGGCUGGUGCUGUAUGUGUGAUUAAUUGUAGGCUCAUGGGGGAAAUGAGUAUAGGAUGUCAGUUUAUGUCAGUGACUGGGCCUCAUGGGUGAAGAAUUGGGGAUUAUUAAGGAUGAAUGAUUGGGGAACUUGUGGGACUCAGUGAUUGAGGAAGCCUGGGAAUGAAUCACUGGGAGAGUAAGUGAUGGGGUGAAAUGGUGAAUGCUUUGGCAGCCUGUGAAUGGAGGCCAGAGACUGGCAGUGGGUAAUUGGAGUGGGGUAGGCUGUAGGAAUGCCUGAUUGGGGAUACAGUAGAUCUGGACAAUUGGGGUGACAUUUUGUGGGAACAAUAAGGGUGACUCAUUAGGAGGCCUAUAGGAUUAUUACUUUUGAGGAUCAGUCUUGGAAAUUGUGGGUGUAUGCAAUAGGGUUGUAUGAGAAUAGUGAUGGGGCCAAGUGGGUGUGAGUGAUUAGGCAUUGCAGGGCUUGUGGGAGGUUAUGAUUGGUGGCAACAAGUAACCAAAGGGCCUUUGCAAGUGAUUGACUGGGGAGCUGUGGAAUUGACUGGGAGGGCUUUAAGAAUAAUGACUGACCCUCAGAGGGUAAAUGGUUGGGGACCAGGGACAUCUUGAUGGCAGAUGUUGGCUGGUCUGUAGGGGUUAGUGAAUGGAUUGUGGGGAAAGUAAUUGGGGGCCUUUGGGCAUGAGUCAUUGGAGGUGCCUCCUUGGUUAAUAUUUAGGGAGGCCCUGUGGGAGCUGAUGAUGGGGCGACUCAGAGGUAAUGAAUGUGGGUGUGGUGGGGCAGGAGUGAGGGGUUAGGAUUCCUUUGUGGGUUAGUGAUUGAGAACUGAUUGGGUGACCUAUGAUAACAGUCCUAUGAGUUUAUUUAUUGGCCUGAACAUAUGUUCACUAUGUAGUGUAAAAGCCAGUUCAAAAUUUUUAAAAAACCAUAAGACCACAUUUUGUAAUAAUGUCAGCAUGGUUUCUAUCAGCUUAUAAGAGGUGCCUUUGAAGUAGGAAGAUUAUGGAUAAUAGUUGUUGAUUUAGUUUGUGUGUACUUUCUGAUUUCUGUACCAUUAUUUCAUGUGAUAAUAACAACAGUAACUAGUACUUACUAAAUGUUUAUGUGUCAGUCACAGUUCUAAGCUCUUUUUAUGUAUUAACUAAUUUAGGACUCUAGAAAAUUGUGAGGCUGAAAUGAAGUUUCUGGUAUUUUGAGAAGAAACUGUUGAAUUAUUCUUUUAAUGAAUUGUUAUUUAAUUUCAUGGCUGCAUUUAGAAGUGAAAUUAAUGUUUUCAUUUCCUAUUUGCUAUGUUACAUUCACACACACACACAGUCUCUUUCUUCCUCACAGUCUCACCCUUGCUGCCAAAAAAAUCAGGUAGAGAUUCUUCAGACAUCCCAGAAUGAGGUGCUGACUUAGUUAUCUCGUGCUGCUAUAACAGAAAUACCACAAGUCGAUGGCUUUAACGAAGAGAAGUUUAUUCUCUCACAGUCCAGUAGGCUAGAAGUCCAAAUUCAGGGCGCCAGCUCCAGGAGAAGGCUUUCCCUCUCUGUCGGCUAUGGAGGAAGGUCCUUGUCAUCAGUCUUCCCUUGGUCUGGAAGCAUCUCAAUGUAGAAACCUCAGGUCCAAAGGACGUGCUCUGCUCCUAGCACUGCCUUCUUGGUGGUAUGAGGUCCCGCUGUCUCUCUGCUGGCUUCUCUCUUUUGUAUCUCAAAGAGAUUGGCUUAAGACACCAUCUGUCUUGUAGAGCUCAAUAGUGUAAGUGCCACUAAUCCAUCUCAUUUCAUCAUAGUGAUAGGAUUUACGACACAUAGUGAAAUCACAUAAAACGGUGGAUAAUUACACAAUACUGGGACUCACAGCCCAGCUAAGUUGACAGAUAUUUUGGGGGGACACAAUUCAAUCCACGGCAGGUGCUAUGGAAUCUUAUGUGAGACAAGAGCUAUGGAAUUCAAUGGGAGGCCUCUUACAGACCAUACAAGUUUAUACUUCAAAGGCAUCCCUACACAGGCAGGUCUGUAUUUGGAUUUUGCCAUCUUUCUCUUAGUCCCACUGCUUGCAAGGCAAGGCCAGAGGGCUCUAAUCGUCGCUUCCAAGCGCAGAAACAAGGGGCGUGUGUGUCAUUUCAGGUUGACGAGUUGAUGGGGUCUUCAUUGGCAAAGUGAGAUUUCAACAUAUGCAUUCAGGCUCCAGAAACACUUCUCUUGAUCAUUCUACUGCCUGCUUCUUAUUAUGAGUAAAAAAAAAAAAAAAAUUAGUAGGCACUUUUAUUUCAGUGGAAACCCUGGUGGCAUAGUGGUUAAGUGCUAUGGCUGCUAACCAAAAGGUCAGCAGUUCAAAUCUGCCAGCCACUCCUUGGAAACUCUAUGGGCAGUUCUACUCUGCCCUAUAGGGUCGCUAUGAGUCAGAAUCGACUCCACAGAAAUGGGUUUUUUGGUUUUUAUUUCAAUAUCUCCUUUAAUACUUACAUUCCACACGGUUCCUAUUUCCAUCACCAUUUUAAAAAAAUUAAACAACCAAGCCCAGUCAAAUGACUUGCUUAAAAUCACAUAGCUGGCAAAUGAAAAAGCUCAACUUGAACUGUGUUUUAUUCCUUGUCUCAUUUUUUUCUGCUUUGCUUGAAACACAUUUUACUGCCAAGUACCUAGGUAUUCUGUACCAAGGGGUCUUGUCUUGAGGAAAUAUUUGCAGAACUAUUGAGUAAAUCUCAGAGGUGAUCAUGGAAUUAACGGGGUUUUGAUGUUUAGAGAGAGCACUUGGGUUAAAUGCUAUUAGUGCUGUGGUUUCCAUCUGCCCACUCCAGUGUUUUGGGUCCCUGUUAGCUCUGUUUAGAAUCUAUAGAAGACCUGGUCUGGGCUUCAAAUGAAAGUGUUUCUGUCAAAAAAAGGGAGAUUUAGGAGGCUGCCUCAACUAAAGAGAACUUGCAACUGAUUAAACAGAUUCCAGCUCCCAGGAACUAAUUGGCUUAUUUGAUAUAAAGAGGAGAUUCCAGGACCAAAGAUUCAUCCUUGGUGAAGAAAGUCCUGACCUUAGACCUCCAACCUGGGCAUUAGGACAGAGUCCAGAAGACUCACAGCAUAGUAGAAUUGCUGGCCAUUUCCCAAGAGCAGCAGAAAAUGACCAAGUCUGAGGGAUCGUUGUCAUUUGAGGAUGUCUCUGUGGACUUCACAUGGGAGGAAUGGCAGCUUCUGGACCCUGCUCAGAAGAAUUUGUACAGAAACGUGAUGUUGGAGAACUUGAGCAGCCUUGUGUCACUGGAAUACGGGAACAUUGAUGAUUAUGUAGCUUGGCACCAGGAACUCCAAGACAAGCUUAAAAGAUUGGAAAAGGAUCACGGAAGUAAUGCAAAUGGAAAGUUAUUUCAGUCAGGUGCGAACUUCACACCUUUAAAGCAAAGACCUGAUAUGUAUAUGUCAAAUGGAAAAUGUUUGAAAUAUCCAUUAGAUAUAUUUACUCAGAGGGGAAACUACAGAAGGAAGAAGUCUGCUAAGUUCAAUGGAUAUGAGAAGUCAUGGCUCUAUACCAAAUGUGAAAAAACUCAUGCUGGAUUAAAGUACUAUGAAUGUAAUGAAUGUGGAAAGGUCAUCAGCAAGAAGUCACAGCUCAUUGUACAUCAGAGAACUCAUACAGGAGAGAAACCCUUUAAAUGCAAUCAAUGUUGCAAAGCCUUUUCCCAGAAGUCACACCUUGUUACACAUCAGACAGUUCACACAGGAGAAAAACUUUUUGGAUGUAGUGAAUGUGGGAAAGCCUUCUCUCGCAAGUCACAUCUCAUUACACAUCAGAGAAUUCAUACGGGAGAGAAACCCUAUGAAUGCAAUGACUGUAGUAAAGUCUUCUCUCAGAUAUCACAGCUCAUUAUACAUCAGCGAAGUCACACAGGAGAGAAACCCUAUGGAUGUAGUCAAUGCGGAAAAGCCUUCCGAGAGAAGGCAAGUCUCAAUAAGCAUCAGAGAAUUCAUUCGGGAGAGAAACCCUAUGGAUGCAGUGAAUGUGGCAAAGCCUUCCGAGAGAAGUCAAGUCUCAAUGAUCAUCAGAGGACUCACUCAGGAGAGAAACCAUACGGAUGCAGCGAAUGUGGCAAAGCCUUCAGUGGGAAGUCACUCCUCAUUAGACAUCAGAAAACUCAUUCAGGAGAAAAACCCUAUGGAUGUAAUGCAUGUCAGAAAGCCUUUAUUUGGAAAUCACAGCUCAUUAUUCAUCAGAGAACUCAUACAGGAGAGAAACCCUAUGGAUGCAGUAAGUGUGGAAAAGCUUUCUCCCAGAAAUCACACCUCAUGAUUCAUCAGAGAACUCACAUAGAAGAGAAAACUUAAGAAUACAGUUAAUGUGAGAAAUUUUAAAGAAAGUAAUCACACUUCUUUCUAUACCAGAUAACUCAUUUAUGGAAAUCCUAUGAAUGCCUUGAGUGCAGCAAAGUCUUUAGGUGGAAGUCAUGCUAAACAUCAGGAUGUCAAGUGGGAGAGUAAGCCUAUGAAUGCGGUGAAUGUGGUGAACAGAGUAUAGGAAACCACUCAACAAAUAGUCUAACCUAUUGAAAAUCAGGUUAUUCAUACUGAGGAGAAAAAUCAUGACUUAAGUAAAUACAGGAGGAAAGUAUUUUCAUAAAAAUAAUAUUCAAAAGAACUUCGGUUUCCAACUGAGAUACUGCAUUAAAUAUAACAUCCUCAAUUCUAAAUGGUAGGCACAUGGAACUUUUAAAACCUGUAUAUAAAUUCAAUAAUCAUGACAGCAGAGUAGGAAACGUUGCUUCAGAGGUAUGUAAGGCAUAUAUUCCUGAGGACAGCUACUUGGAAUCCCUGGAGGCAUAGUGGUUAAGUAUAAUGGCUGCUAACCAGAAGGUUGGCAGUUUGAAUCCACCAGGCGUUCCUUGGAAACCCUAUGGGGAAGUUCUACUCUGUCUUAUGGGGUCACUGUGAGUCAGAAUCGACUCAGCGGCAGUGGGUUUGGUUUGGUUUUUGGUAUAGCUACUUAUGUAUUUUGAUAGGAUAUAUGAAAUUAAUAUAAUUAUGAACAUGAUAUAUAUCAUGUGUUUCAGAGCAUGACACCUGUCAUGGUUCUACAUACAAAAUGUUUUACCUCAUACCAUAACAAUAUUAGCCAGUUCUAUAAAAUGACUGACUUAUUAUUUAACAUGUAGUUAAAAUUUUUUUUAAUUACCAGAUACUUAUCGCCCAUGUAAAUGAAUUUGAGAACAUUUACUGUGCUUUUCCUUCAACAAUAGAAACUAGCAUUUUUAUAAAGUCUUCCGCUUUUUUUUUCUCCCGCUACCUGAGUCAUUAGUUCUUAUACAGAAUUAUUGUUUAUAUUACAUACACAAAGGCAAGAAUACACGUUAAGAAGUGAGCAAAUGAAAGAUGGUCUGAAUUGUAUUACUCGUCAUCUUAAAUAUAUACAAAAUGGAGGUGGUGAAAAUAAAAGACCCACAAAGCACAUUCUCCUGUUCUUCUCAGUGAGGCUUCUGUGUAAGUUCAGGUGUACAUAGAUUAAAGACAAUGCCGCCAAGAAACCCUCUGUAUUUUAAGUUAGUAUGUCAUCAUGUUAUACUGUCCCUGCUCAUGGACAAUGGUCUUUAGAGUCUUUAUCCAAGAGCAAACAUUAUUUGCAGAUGGGGUUGUGUUAAAGGUUACAGUUAGGGUUUCGGUUACCAAAGUAUUGCUUUUGGGGAUGACUUUGAUCUCAAAUUUCUUACACAUCCCAUAUGCGGUCUCCAUCGUUCUCAAGUAUCAUAUGAGAACGCUGUGGACUUGCUUUUCAGUUAGGGUUCAGCUUGGAAAACAGAAAGUAAGUAUUUAAAAUUGGGGGAGUUUAACAAAGGAAGUUAGCUACAUAAAUGAUGAGAAGCCAAAAGAAUGAGUGAAGCAUUCCAGAAGUUAGCAGCAGUAAUUCAUUACUACCAGUAGGCUGGAGAAAUAAAGGGAGGAGAUGGUGUUACCGGAGCCCAGGGUCAUCCAGUACAGGCAAGAACCAUGGUGGAUCUAUCCAGGAAGAGCUGGAGCCACAAGGGAGAUGCGGCCAUUACUAGAGACACUACCUGAGGCACAGAUGGGAAGAAAUAACCUGACUUCUCACACCCUCAAUCCUCUACCAGCACUUCCCAGUAACCAAACUCAACUAGAGACAGCUGAUAUAGGGGGCUGGACUGCAUCCCCUAGGGCAGAUUCCCCCUGCCCUGAGAUCAGAGGAGGCAGGGGAAGGAGAAGAAAUGAAUCUGAUGACUAAGCAGACCCAGGAUCAGGACAGUUCAUCCAUUUUGUUAUUCAGCACUCUUCAUACCUUUCUGUAACACUUAUAUAACAUAAAUAAUUUUGUGUUUCUGCCUAUUAUGAAUCAACUAUUCAUCAAAGAUACUCUCACCCUUCCCCAAUAAGAGGAAACAUAGAGCUCCAUAAGUCAUUAUUUACAUCUCAACUCCAGAAUCUCUAGCUGCAACGUGACUUUACUUGAUCUCAUAUCCUAUUAACUAUAAAAUUAAACCUCACCAAUGUUCCCCAUCAAACAAAAUAAGGAAGGGAAAACUUUGUUGACAUACAAAAAUAUGCACAGCAGGUACAGUCAUCUAUACUUCCCAUGAAAUUAUGGUUGAUAUUUUCUCUGUAGCUUCCUUCUGCUACCUGUUCCAUGUUGUCUUAGUCAUCCAGCACUGCUAUAACAGAAAUACCACAAGUGGAUGGCUUCAACAAAGAGAAAUUUAUUCUCUCAGAGUCUAGUAGGCUAGAAGUCUAAAUUCAGGGCAUCAGCUCUAAGGGAAGGCUUUCUCUGUCAGCUCUGGAGAAAGGUCCUUGUCAUCAAUCUUCCCUGGCCUAGGAACUUUUAAGCACAGGGGCCCCAGGUCCAAAGGACGCAUGCACCUGGCUCUGCUUUCUUGGUGGUAUACGGUCCCCCACUCUCCACUCGCUUCCCUUUCAUCUCUUGUAAGAUAAAAUGUGGUACAGACCACACACCAGGAAAACUCCCUUUACAUUGGAUCAGGGAUAUGGCCUAAGACAGGGUAUUACAUCCUACUCUAAUCCUAUUUAACAUAAUCUAAUCUUGCCUCAUUAACCACAGGCAGAGAUUAGGAUUUACAACACAUGGGAAAAUUACAUCAAUCACAAAAUGGAAGAUGUCUUAGUUAUCUAGUGCUGCUGUAACAGAAAUAUCACAGGUGGAUGGCUUUAACAAAGAGAAAUUUAAUCUUUCACAGUCUAGUAGGUUACAAGUCUGAAUUCAGGGUGUCAGCUCCAGGGAAAGGGUUUCUGUGUUUGUCAGCUCUGGAGGAAGGUCCUUGCCCCAAUCUCCCCCUGGUCAGAGAGCUUCUCAAGUGCAGGGACCCCAGGUCCAAAGGACGUGCUCUGCUCCUGGUGCUGCUUUCAUGGUUGUGUGAGGUCCCCAACUCUGCGUGCUUCCCUUUCCUUUUAUCUCUUGAGAGAUAAAAGGUGGUGCAGGCCACACCCCCCGGAAACUCCCUUUACACUGGAUCAGGGAGGUGA